UUUGACCGGCUCCUUCCCGUUGCUGGGCGGUUCAGAGAAGCAAUCCUAUUCUGCACUCUAGACAGAAGGGUAGACUGAGGUUCGGCGGAGUGUUAAGUUAAUUGCUGCUCCGCGGGAGAACGCUGCUCACUUGGAUUACUAGUCCCAAAAUGCCCCGCUAGGCGCGCUGCCUGCUGGGAGCAAGAGUCUUUUGUAGUCCGGAACCUAAGGCUCCAGCGACUCUGAAGAUACGCCUUCUGCUUCUUUAUUGGAUUCGGCACCAAACGUGCUCCUCCAUGAUUGGCUAAAGUUUUUGUCUUGUAGAGGUUCCUGUCCCACCCUCUAAGAAACCGGGAAGGCCAGAUUUCCGAACUUCUCUGGGAGAGGAAGAAAACUAGAGGCAUCAGAGAAAUUCAGCCGGCCAGGUUUUUAGCUUAUAGCUGCGAAACUCGCCUAUUCUGUUUUCCAGCAACUCCUUUUCCUUUUGUUUCCGGCCGGAAGUUAUUGGAGAAUGCUCCCGGAAGGCGGAAGUAAAGCUGACGGAAGUUAGGGAGAGGCGAGGAGGAUGGCGGCUGGGGCUGCAGCCGGGUUCGGGGCAGGUUGGGGUUGGUGCUGGGGAUGCCAUAGGUCGCGAAUUGGGGGGAGUCUAAGCCCUUUCCCGCCGGUUCUCCUGUUGCUGCUGCUUUUAUUGGUCGCACCCGCCCCCCAGCCUGCGACUUCUGACAUCACCAACGGCAACAAUGAGCACCUGAAGCGCGAGCACUCGCUGAUUAAACCCUACCAGGGGGUCGGAUCCAGCUCCAUGCCCCUCUGGGAUUUCCAAGGCAGCACCAUGCUUACCAGCCAGUACAUCCGCCUGACCCCCGAUGAACCUAGCAAAGAGGGCUCUAUCUGGAACCACCAGCCCUGCUUCCUCAAGGAUUGGGAGAUGCAUGUCCAUUUCAAAGUCCAUGGCCUUGGAAAGAAGAGCCUCCAUGGAGACGGCUUUGCUCUGUGGUACACCAGGGACCGCCUUGUGCCAGGUCCUGUGUUUGGAAGCAAGGACAACUUCCAUGGACUGGCCAUCUUCCUGGACACUUACCCCAAUGAUGAAGCUACUGAGCGUGUAUUUCCAUAUAUAUCAGUGAUGGUGAACAAUGGCUCCCUGACAUAUGAUCACAGCAAGGAUGGAAGAUGGACAGAGCUGGCAGGCUGCACAGCUGACUUCCGCAACCAAAAUCAUGAUACUUUUCUGGCUGUGCGCUACUCUCGAGGCCGCCUGACGGUGAUGACAGAUGUAGAAGAUAAGAAUGAAUGGAAGAACUGUAUCGACAUUUCUGGAGUGCAGCUACCUACUGGCUACUACUUUGGUGCCUCAGCUGGCACGGGUGACCUUUCUGAUAAUCACGAUAUCAUCUCAAUGAAGUUAUUCCAGCUGAUGGUGGAGCACACUCCAGAAGAGGAUAACAUUGACUGGACCAAGAUUGAGCCCAGUGUCAGCUUCCUCAAGUCUCCCAAAGAUAACGUGGAUGACCCCACUGGGAACUUCCGAAGUGGCCCUCUGACAGGGUGGAAGGUGUUCCUGCUGCUGCUCUGUGCCCUGUUGGGGAUCAUCGUGUGUGCUGUGGUGGGAGCUGUGGUGUUUCAGAAGCGACAGGAGAGGAACAAGCGUUUCUACUGAUUUGGUGUGGGGAAAGAGAAUGAUUGGGUGAGGGAAAAGGGCAGCCUGGUGCAGGGGUUCAGGCAGUAAUGUGAACUUUUCUACUUGGGGAUUGUUUAAAAAAAAAAAGCCCAACCACCUUAUUUCUUAACCUGUUUGAAAAGAAGUAAUUUUAAAGUAUUUUCAUACAUUUCGUUUCUAGCCCAACUUGGGGCAAGUGACAAGAACUUCGGGACUAUGGCCUGGAGUCAACUUAGCUUGGAGAAUGGAGUAGAGAGAGGGAAGGAGAAAAGCCUGGCUUAUCUGGUCUGUGACUGGGCCUUAGUUGCUGUCUCCUGCCCAUGGAUAAGGCCUCCCCAUCCCAGCUGCGAGCCCAGCAACAGUGAAAGAAAGCUGUUUAUUGAGUGCUCAGCCCUGCUUUUGUCCUCUGCUUGGGCUUGGGGCCGUAGGGGCUCUCACAGGAGAGACAUAAAUGCUGGUGACUUGUCUCCGCUUGUAGGACGUAGUAACACAGUAGGAGUCUUAUGUGCCAGCAGGGAUUCCUGGUUCUGAGAUGGCCGUUCCAUCUACCUCCUGAACCAGGCCCCGGGCUAAGGGAAGGUGGUCAGUGCUGCAGCCUUGGAAAUGAAAUGAUGCAGUGAGUGAGGAUGCAGCUCUGGAAAGCAAAGGACUAUGAAGUUUUGCAUAAUAAAGUGAAUAACCAAACUCA